AUGGUCUCCACGCGACACCAUCCCCGCGAAUUCCCCUCACCCGAACGCGCCGCCAAAGAGCUCGUGAAAUCACCCACCACCACCGCCAAUUCGCGCAAAUGGACCCAUACACCUGCCGCUGCGGUGACAAUCUGGCUUCUUGUGUCUGUUCCCCUGGUGCUUUGGGAUGCUAGCUAUGUCUUGCUGCGACCGCAUAGUAUGCCCGGGGGUCGGUUCCACUCCCCGGUCUUCACCCCCUACGCGCUCUACGGAACGAUCGACUACAUUUACGGGUGGCCUGCGUUCAAGGCGCGCAAUGGAUUCACCGCCGCGCAAACGAUCCUGAACCUCUUCGAAACAGCCGGGUAUCUUUGGUAUCUCGCGGUUGUUUACGUGUAUGGCUCAACCGUUGUGAGCGGUCGCGGAUCCCCGCAGACCUCGAAGGGACUACUGUGGUUAUUGAAGGGAAACAAGGUAGUUGCUGGGCGCAUUGGUGCGAUCGCUCUUUUGGUCGCCUACACCGCAUCGGUCAUGACCCUCAGCAAGACUGUUCUCUAUUGCAAGUGGUCCAUCUCGUCCAGAUCGACUGGUCGGUUCUAA